AUGACGGACAUCUUAUCCCACAAUGGAGCCAAAGAAGACUUUGAGGACGGCGAACUUCCAGAAGACGGUGAAAUAUGCGACGACGAUGAUGGAGCAGCUCCUCCUAGAGCUCCAACACCUCCAAUGGCGGCGGCUCACGUGGCUCCGGCCGCUGAGAAACCUUCUAGAGAGACUCCGCGAGCAGAAAGGGUCCGUCGAUUUGAGCAGAAUAGUCCUCCGCGUGAACGGGAGCGAGAAAGGGAAAGAGAACGAGAUUCGGAUCCAUUUGGGUCCCAUAAUGAUGCUCCAGAUGGCAACGAAUAUUUCGGUGACAAAGACUAUCGUAGUGGAGCAGCAGCCAGCUCAGAAGAGGAGCCAUUCGCCGACACAGACUACCGAGUGACUCGUCGACGACGUCUAUCCCCAGCCCAUGACGAAGACUACGAUGCAAGAGUGAAACGACCGUUCUUCGGAGCUCGCGGAGGAUUCAGAGGUGGAUUCAGGAAUGGAGUGAAGCCUCGAUUCCAGACAGAACAUCAAAUAUGCAAAUUCUUCCGUGAGGGUUACUGUAGAGAUGGGGACAAGUGUUCGUACUCGCAUCAGGCAGAAGACUCGUUGAGACGACCACAAUUGUGCAAUUUCUAUGCGAAUAGCUUCUGUAAAAAGGGUCUUCAAUGUCUGAUGCUCCACGGCGAGUUCCCCUGCAAGCAAUUCCACAAAAACCAGUGUCACAAUGACAAUUGCCGUUACUCGCAUGUCCCUUUAACCGACUACACUCGACCAUUGAUAGAGAAACUUUUGGCUGACGACGAGCUUCGACAACAGCCACAACCGACGGUCUACAGACAGAAUCCUGUUGCAAAUGCCGCUGCUGCAGCAGCAGCAGCUCAGGUUAUGGCUCCGAGACGACGUGUGUUGCUUCCAGGAGGUAUGUUAGAGCAAAAAAUCCAGAACUUUCGGUCCCAACGGAGCUUCUCCACCACACGCUCCAGUCAUCCAUGCAGCCAUCCCACAGGCCGCCCAUCCAUCCCAACUUCCACCACCCGCUGUAGUCGUCCCAACGAUUCAACGAAACCCAAUGCCAACGCAUCAACAGCCAGGAUACCUCCCACCAGGUCAAGGUGGAUACUUCAAUGCUCCAUCAGUCGUACCCCGCCCAGAACAAGUACAAGGACUGCCACCACCACGAACCAUCGAACCACCAAGACUGAGCAAUAUGGCACCGAUGCAGCAGCAGCAGCCACAGAUGAUGCAUCGUGGAAUGCAUUCGAUGAUCUGCCACAUCUUCAACAACCCGGAUUAGUGGUGCCACAAGUGGUUGCUCAGCCGGAGAGAAGAGCCGCAUCGCCGCCAGCAUUUGAUUUAAAUGAAAUGCUCAACAAGCUUGCGAACAGUGGAAAAGUGAAAUCGAGCCCAAAACCCGUAGACGACUCGCCAGCCUCUCCCCCACCAAUGUUCGGAAACAGCAAUCAUCGUGUUCCAGUGAUACCACAACACGUUCAAGUCAUCUGGGGACUCGUACGGGUCCAGAAGGGUUCUCCGUAUUCCAGUGUCGAGAAUCCGGAUAAAAUUGCGAAUAACGAUCCAAGAAGAGCAAAGGCGAUUUCGAAACAAUUCGAUGCUUUUUCCUCGUUGCUGGGUGCCAGUGGGACUGGUGUCGUCUCGGAUCCACGUCUUCGUGCUCAGAAGGAGAAGGCAGAUGCCGUGGCGAAGACUCAAAAAGACACGAAAUCGGCGUUUGGAGCGUCUUGGAUGCCAAGAGUGGCUUAG